GAAAUAGAAAUGGCUAACGUGGAGGGAACGGUUUGAGGAUGCCGCCCGAGCGCGCGUGCCGUUUCGUCGUCUUCCUCCUGCUUUUGUGCUGCGCCGGCCGGACGCACGGGAAAUCGGUGGCGCAUCCCGAGGUGCAGGUGAGGGUCAAAGUCUUUGACAGCGGGAACCUUUCGCCCCUGUCUGACGCCACUGUUGUCGUCCAUGGCAACCGGAGCGUGCUGGCGUCCAGCCAGGGGGCCAGCGGCGAUGCAGCGGUAGUGAAUUUCCAGUACCGCAUGGGCACGUGGGUAAUCAUCACAGCAUCACGAAAGGAUUAUGUCACCAGCUCAGUGCCAUGGCAUGCCAGCAAAGUGCCCUUAUUCUCCUCAGUCAGCCUGUACCUCUUGGCUCAGAGGCCAGGAACCCUCAUCUUGUAUGAUGAUGUCAUUCAUGUCUUUCACGGCUCUCCAGGAGGGCGGAGCCAGCCAUGGCUUCACAUUCCAAGGCGGAGCCUGCAGCUGAACUCCUCCUUCUCAGAAACGACUGCUGUUUUGACCACUGCCAGAGAUAUAAGUGAAAUCAACGACUUCCCAUACCUCCUGGCCCUGGAGCCCAACACCACAGGAGGAGAAAACAGUUGGACAGAUUUGACAGUAGUCGCUGCAGUCAGUGCCCAGCUGUUUGAUCGGGAAGGUAGUGAGGUUCAAGUCAUAGAGCCAGUUCAUUUCUCUAUUCCUUUGCCCUCCGACUCCCGUGUCCGAUCGCCCACCAGUAUACCUGUGUGGGUGUAUGACGUGAACACAGGCCUUUGGGUGAGAAAUGGAACUGGCUACAUUAGAAGAGAUGGCUCUCAUUUUACGUGGGAUUUUAUGGCCUCACGGCUGGGAUACUGGAUAGCAGCCUUCCCCUCUUCAUCAGGACCUGGUUUGUCUCAUCCAAGUCUGAGGGAUAUCACUGCAUACCAUACCCUUAUCUUACUCUCCAUUCUCGGCUCUCUGGCUCUGCUUGUACUGGUACUACUCUGUGUCCUCCUCUACUACUGCAGACGGAGGUGCCUAAAGCCUCGGCGACAGCAAAAGCAGGGCCAGGUCUCAACUGCUCUGUGCAACUCCAGAAGAGACCAGGGCACCUCCACAUCUCGCCUCAACCUUAUCUGCGGUGGUCAUGUUGAAACCACCACUUCCAAUGCUGAUCCAGAAGCCAGCAAAUCCGAUGCCUCGACAUCCCACGAAUACAAGAGUGCACGUGACGAGUUUACCAAGCACAUACCAGCACACAAACUCCGCCAUUCAUCCAAGAAUAAACAGUCCAAAGCGGCCCAGAGAGGAGUUGAAAGCUUCCCUAUGAAGGUGCAUCGUUCCACAGAGACAAGCAGCAAUGACAAUACCCUUUCCCAUGAAGAUUACAGUCGCAACUACAGCCCUGAUGUCAAGGAUCAUGAGUACCGUCGCAGACAUGUUGUUAACGAUAAUCGUGGAUAUACAGCUGACCCACCAUCUCCACCUCUUUCAGACAAGCCACCAGAAUACUCACAGGUUUCCCAAGGUCAGGACCAUCUUUCUCGUCCAACAACACUAAACACACAACCUGGUCAGAUCAUAUUCUGCAGUUCUUUGGAUCAAAUGACAGAGAACAUGUACCGCAGCAUGGUUCCAACACUUGUCAUUCCAGCGCAUUACAUGCGUCUGUCAUCUGAGUUUGGAGGUUCUGAAGCUGGAAAGGAUGGCCAGAGUCAGGCUGAGAGGGAAAGGGACGGUCAGGGAGGGGCAGGUAAUGGAAAUAGCAGUGGAGUGCAGAGCCAAGGUCACCAGGUCCUAAUCCAGGGAUCAGGCCAGAUGCAGGGCCAGCAAGGAGUAGGGUCCCCAGGCGGUUCAGAAGAAAAUGUCUGGGCAUCGGGAGGUCCGUCUGCACCUGUCCACAUUCCAGUGCUUUUUAACGAUUCCACCAUGGCUCAGAUGAAUGGGGAGCUCCAAGCCCUUACAGAAAAGAAACUUCGAGAAUUAGGAGUCAAGCAGCACCCUCGUGCUUGGUUCAUAUCACUUGAUGGACGUGCCAAUGCUCAUGUGCGUCACUCCUACAUCGAUGUUGCCACAGAACUUGCUCACAGUGGAGCUAACAGCAGUAACCACAGUGCUCAAAGCACCUUGAGUGCCCCUGCUGGCACCAGUAAGGAUUGCAGCCCAGAUACAUGUCUCCAAGAUACCCAACAGGAGCGUAAGCAGGUGUCCGGACGGAAGAGUAAAGAGGAACGGCAUGGAAAUGGGCGAAAGGGGCAUGGAGCAAGCAGCAGUGGAGGGAAGCAGUACUCCAAAUUGCCUUAUCAUGACCCUCUAGAUCUUGCUGGUGGAGUUGGCCGCAUGGGUGCAGGAUCGCCUUUGGAAAAUCCUCUGACCCCCCUCCUGGAUGAUGGUCCAGAGGAACCACGAGGGUCACCAAUGCCUCGAAGAGGUCGAAGCCGGGGUAACAGCUCACGUAGCAGCAACAGUGAGACACAGAGGGAUUCUGUCACCAGCCCAGAGGAUGAUAACGACCCAGAUGACAAGGAUGAAAACAAGAAAAGUCCAUGGCAACGCAUUGAGGAACGGCCGCUUAUGGUUUUCCAUCCCAAGAAGUAAAAACUGUAACAGAAAGUCACACAUUUUAAAUAUGAAGGAUGUAUUCACCUGAGUCCUGGAUCAUGUUUCACACUUAAUUUUAAUAAGGAUCAUCUUUAAAAAGGACGUCAUUUGUGGAAAAAAUGUGAUGCCCUUGUUCAAUGAAAGAUAACCACAGUUUAAACUGGUGAUUGUAAGCAACUGUUGCCUACUGUAUACUGGAACAAUUGAAUCUAGUUCCUCAUAGCUGAAUGGAACAGUGGCAGAAUCAUUUUGUAAUUAAUAAAAUACCAUCCCUAUAUCAAUAAAACCUAUAUGGAUUUGAGCCUAGAAACAAGAAGAGAUUUUGGGAACAGAAGAGCAGAUGAGGUGACACUCUGACAAAAGGCACAUUCAGCACCUCGAGGAUGCUAAACUGAAUUCCUUUAUCCUAAUAUGGUUAAAGGAUUUUACCAUAAACCAUUUUUACUGUAGAUCUAAAGAAAAUAUUUGUUAAAGUAUGUUAUAUGUUUACAAUCAAAAAUGGCACAAAAUAAGUCAAAAUUGUUUAAUUGCUUCUUAGUCAAUAACUUGGUGGUCGUUGUGGAUUUGUGGAAUAGUUCCAUACUCAAGAUGGCAUCUUCCUGACGUUACUUGUUAAGAAAAAAGAAAGAUCAGGACUUGUGCUGAAAAGUAAAAAAACGACUUUUAUGCUACUGGAUGUUUUCAUACGUUCAUAUUCGAUGUUCCUUGUUUCAUAUUCCGAACGUACAUUUAGAGUACACACCAAAUUCCCAGCUCCAACAGGAAGCAUUACGUGUUAUUUUAUUCAUGUAUUAUUGUUUUUUUUAUAUAUCAGUAUUGUCAAGAUGAAUUACAAUAUGAACAGGGGGGAUAAAUUUAAGUAACAGUUUAUAGAUUCAAACAUUCCACAUCAGACAUUCCCAGUUAAAGACCAAUGCUUGGGUAUUUUUUUCAGGACUUCUAUCAAUUCUUCAGGAAUUGUAUCGGUUCAUUACUUUAUUAGGUAGUUUAAGUAGAUUUAGUUAAAUUAAGUCUUUUUUAUUUGUUCCUUGUCUGUUUCUUGAUGUAUUUAUGGACAGGUAAUGUUGAUUUUGUUUCUGUACAUGUGCCAAUAUGGUCAGACCAUACUAAUUUUUUGUAACUUUUUAAUCAUGGUUUACAGUACUUUUCAAACUAAAACGUUUAUAAUAUUUACUACCAGAGUUUACCAGACAUCAAAUCUGGGACGAAUAUUUCAUUUCAUUGUCAAAAAAUUCUAAUGUAACAGUACAACUGGUCUUUUUAAGUGUAGUUAAUAUAAAAAUGAAAAAAAUCUUAGCGGUCUGUAUGCACAAAAAGAGUACAGUAUAUUUUAUAUCCUUAAAAGGGUUUGGGUGGAGCUAUGGAAUCACAAUGUUUCCAGGUUAACAAUCAAAGGAACUGCUACUCUGUUCAGUUAAACGAACCUAACGGGUUAUUUAGACCAAUCACAGGCAAGUGGGCCAGACAAAACUAAAAACUCUGUUGAUCUAAAUACAAGCUGUAAUACAGACACUACUUAGUUAUUUAGACUAAAUUUUUUUUCAAACUCAUCUGAAUUCACCGUCCGGAGCGAAGGAUGAUGGAUUUUUUUUGUGGAUGAUGGAUAAUGGAUUGGUGACAUAAAUAUCCUGUUUUAAUUAUACCGCUGCUUCCUAAACAGAGCAAAGUGGUGAUGAAGACAUUUUAAAGACUCAGUAAUAAUAAAAAGUGCAGGUUGUAUAGUUAUAGGAAACUAAUCAACGUGUAGUUGAGGAACGGGUUGGCCUGUAACAAGCUGAUGUUGUUUUUAAUUGAUUUCCAUGUGUUUCAUUCCACCUAUAGUAAGAGUUAUCCAUUUUAUCUGCUUAUACUGUAGGUAUGUUUAACGAUGUAAAACGACUUCCAGUUUAAGAUGCUAUAAACAUUCAUUCUCACUUCUAAUUUCUAAUUUAUCCCCUCUCCUACAGUUAUGUCAGAAUGCAGGUUUUCAGUAAACCACAAAACGCAAAAGUCUUGAAGACUUUUCUUCCCAUGGUAGAAAGGUUCCACGUCAUUGCAAAGCACUGAUGUUAGAGACUCUUUGCUUUAAAUGUCUUUGCUUCUAACCCUAAACUUUACCAUAUUAUACAUUUGUCAUUCUUUUAGCAAUUAAAUUACGUCCAUAAAUUGCAUCCACAAAGCAAACCUUGGAAAAAGGUAAAUUUUUAAUAAGAAAUAGUAAUGUAUCAGGAGACCAAUCAGAAUCAAGAAUUCAUCAACUAUCAUAAACAUUUAGAUUUUACUCUUAGCCAGACUUUAUUAACAUAAGGCCAGAUGGUCCUGGGUAUGUAUAGUAGCAUUUAUAUGCAUGGGAUGUACACUAAGUAGACUAAUUUUUUUAUGAUUGAGAUUCAAAAAGGUUUUUAUGAAAGUAUUAAAAAUAGGACAACAUGAGAGUGUGAAGGGUGCUGUGUCGCCUUAGGGAAAGUGUGUGAGGUAAUUCUUUAGCGUGUUCGAUGCUUGGAUGCCAUGUUGAAAGGCAGAAAAUCUUGUGUUCCUGGUUGAAAUAUUUGGUGCUAUUGGCUAUACGCUGGUGCAUUUCACUUCAACAGUAUGGCGUUACUUUUACUUUCAGUAUUCACUCUCUAAUCACUUAAACUGUGUGAAAUGUUGCUUUGUUGCUGAGGAUUCUCCAUUUGCUCUAGUUUAAUAAACAGAAUGUUUCUUUUAGCUUUUCACAACCUCCCUCAUCCUCAGCCUUCCAGUCCUUAAUAGCUUAAUUUAUUUCUUAAUUUAUAAUCUAAUAAUUAUAAUAAUUAUUAUAAAUUGUUUGUCUCAUGUGACUAAUGUUUAGUUCUGCCAUAGUGAAGACAUAGUAUUUAUAAAACCUACACAUUUUUUUGUUAAAAAUGUAGGAAAGAAAAAGAAUCACAUUGGAAGCACAGUUCUUUUCAGUAUGACUGAAUUGGUUUGGCCAAUUUUUAAAAAUAAAUAAAUUAAUAAACUAAUCGACUAGAGGAAACAUCAGUUUGUUUGGGUUUGGACAUCUUUAAAGCUACGAUGCUAUUUAACCUACAGUACAAAAUCUUUAUUUAUGUUUAUGAGGCUAUAAAGAUUUAAGUCUUGAAUUAAAAAAGAGCAGGCUAUGCUGUUUUUAUAGAAAAAUAAUAAAUUAUGUGACUUAAAAUCAGACUGUUACUAAAGCUUUUUUCUCCCAAGUGCUUUAUUAAUCUUGUGCCAGAGCACUUUGCCAACAUGUUGUACUUUUUAUCCAUUUAUAGUUUUAAGCAUUGUUUUGGAAUGA